UAGCCUAAUUAACAAAUUCAGUUGAAUAGGCCUAUUGUAGUACAUCAUCCUUUCAUCUCACAACCUAUAUCCCACCCUUCUUCCAUUCAUCCUUCCAUCGACUCUCCUCUCUCUCUCUUUUAGUGGAUGUGGGAAUGUGGCGGUAUCAGAGGCCAGGGUUCGAGGCCUUAGUCCUGGCAGAGCUUCAAAGGCAGCAGAGGUGCAGACAGUUCUGUGACACGGUGCUCCGAGCAGAGGGGGUGUCAGUACCGGCCCACAGUUGCAUCCUGUCCGCCCUAAGCCCCCAGCUGUCAUGUGCCCUGUCCACCUCACCGGCACCUCCCUCUGGGCAGAGCCACCUACUGGAUUUCCAGGCUUUUGGGGCAUGCACCCUGAUGAGGCUGGUGGGUCUGCUGUAUUCUGGGGAGAUGGUGGGAGAGGGGGAGAGGCAGAAGGUGAUUUCUGCUGCUACUAGGCUGGGCAUCCAAGGACUGGUGGAGGUUGGAAAGAGGGAUGACAAGAAAGAAAGGGAGGUAGAAGAUGUGGUCCAGCAGUCAACGAGAAGAACGGGUCCAAGCUCGGCGGAGGAGAAGAGACUGAUGGAGUGGGUAUCACAAAGGGACGUGGGGGUGCAAACGGACGCCCUGCAGAGCAGUGAAGCUCGGACAGAGAGAAAGAUGGGAGGAGAGCAAAGAGAGGAGGAGAAGCACUCACCAUGAGUCUCAGAGAGAGGAUGAAACCGACUGUGUGAAAAAGACUCCGGGACUCAGGCUUGUGAGUUGAAGGGGAAUGAGACAGACACUGGUGAUUCUAACAGUGGCUUUUCCACUGGGCCCAUCUGUUCCACUGUGGACUUUGAUCUCGUGACCUCACUCACUGGUUCAGCUGGGCCAGUUUUCCUCAGUGCGUCCCAUGUUGAUGAUGUCAUCCCUUUCCAGGGAACGGAGGCCUCUGGUUCUGUUGUCCCUGUUCCCCUCCCUGUACCGUUCCCCCUUAAUAUCCCCUACAUCCCUCACUGUCCCCCAGCUGAUAAUCACACCCCUAACAAUCCCCAUCCUACCAUCUUCAUGCCUUCUGGGGAAUCUGCACCCAUUUAUUUCCUCCCCCCACCCCUCUCAUCCCUCUAUCCAUUUCAUCCGUGACCCUGUCUGUGUCUGGCCCAGAGCAUGUGACCGAGGGGCGCCACCCCUUCACCUCUGACCCCCAGACAUGGGGGAUGGGGCUACCGGGGGGGAGGGAGAGGCAGAAGGGUUUGAGCGCUUCGAGGGAAACAUCGCUGGAUUCAUCAGUUACUUCCUCGAUCCCUCCCAAC